GCACAUUUACAGUAACGUUCGUGAACAGCCACAAAGUAUCACACAAAGAAGAAAACGAAGCCGAGGCUAGUGAGCUAGCCUGACUGUAGAUUGAAUUCUGAGUAAUAUGGCAACUGUGCUCCCCGUCAGACCUCCCUGUGAUAGCAACCCCGCUACCCCUGGAGCACAAUCCAUUAAGGUAAAAUUCACAUUUAAUAAAAACACGGACAACCGUAUGCUUUGCGCGGAUAGCCCCAAACCUUGGCGAGCUCUGCUAACCGCUAGUUAGCUAUCGAGCCAUGAAUGAGCAUCAGCGUCUUCAGCGUCCUCUCUUUGUUUUUAUGACACUGAUUAUAACCUUUAACGAGCCGUGCACACAAACACGGAUUUUAUUCACACUGAAGCAAGAUAUCAUAUCAGAGAUAUCUGUUCACAUUAUUUGAUUAAGGGUGGUUUAACAUCGACAGUGUAAGCUUAAUUUUCCCCGAGUCGUAACUUUGUCAACAAACUCAGCAAACUCGCACUUUGUUUCACUCGGACGGAUCAAUAAGAAAUCCUCGUUGUUUGUCCUGUUAAAUAGUUGUUGUGGCUGAUGAUACUGCUGUUAAACAUGGCUCCAUCACUUGCAGUAAACAGACAAAUGUAAAAUAUCUUCUGCUCACUGUGUCCUCUAGCAGAUGUAAACUCAGUUUUUAUUUCAUUUAACACAAACAUUUGCAGUCGUUAUGAGCUGUGUAGUUUUUUUUUUUGUAAGAACUGCAGUUUCUUAUUGUAAGUAAUUCUGAUGAUUAGUUUAAUUGUGCGUUGAACGAUUAGGCCUCUAUUAGGAGAUGUUAGAUGAUGAUUGUUUUACAGUGUAUUCCGAUUGAAGCAAGACCAGCAGGUGGAUCAGUGUCCAUCAGAACAGGACACUUUGACACUGGGAGAGGGAAUUAUGUAACAGUCAUCACCCAAUUUUAGGACAUCCAUUUUAAUUUGACAUUUUAAUUUCUUAUUCUUCUUCUGGUCUGAAAAUAACAACUUUCUAUACUGUAACCUUUAUUUUAUUGUUGAUUUUUAACUUUAAAGUGCUUUAUACUGCUCUGUGUAUGAAUGGUGUUUUAUAAAUAAUCACAAUACACUGUUUGCUAUUUAGAUGAAACAUCACUUUUAAGCAGACUUAGAGGGUCUGCUUGGGGUAUUAAAACAGCCUGGGCCUUUUCCAUAAAUGAAUGAAAUUAUAAAAUGCUCCUCUAAAAAUUAUGGCACUUGUCGCGUUAGGGUCGCUGUUGACUCGGUUAAAUCAAUAUCUUAUAAUUAGAGCAAAAACUGAAAUCCUAAAUGCACUGUCAGGCACCAAUCAUGUGACAUUUAGGAAAUUCUCAUUUUUCCAUGUUUUUCCCUGCACAAAAAAACAACAUUGGGCACGUCCAGACAUGUGAGAUCAAUUCAGUAUAGAUGUCUGUAUGAGGGGUAUACUGACAAAGAAAGACCCAGAGGACCACAACAAAAAAUAUUAUCAGCAAUAUUUUCAUGGAUAAUGAAGCCUAACAAGGUAACCUAGAGAUGAGAACCAAAUUGGAUGAUAGAGAAUUGUUUUAACAGCUGAUUGAAGACACAGGUCAAACCGACCCUUAACAUAGUGGGUGCGUAGUAACAGCUAACACAGGAGAACUCAGUGAUGAGUGGUGAUGGUCAGUUUCUCACUCAUAAUUUUUUUAGGUCCCCUCAGUCACACAGUGUAGAAUUUGCUGGUGUAAUCAUAAUGUUGUUGAAUGAACAGGAUAGAAAUGGUGUCAUUUCUGUUUUGAUUGACAGGAGGAUGUUAUAGAAGAGGUGUCUAAUGAUGGUAGCCAGCCUCCCAAAAGGAGGAGGAUGGGGUCAGGGGACAGCUCUCGCAGCUGUGACACCUCUAGUCAAGAGCUCGGGUAGGUUUGCUUUGAAUGGCACUUCAUGCCAAAGGGGCUGAAAAAACACUAAGAUCUUACCUUUGAUGCUUUAUAUUUUCCUCCGCGACUCCCUCCCAGCCCCACUUAUUUCCCUGCAGAAAACUUGACAGAGUACAAGUGGCCCCCAGAUGACACAGGAGAGUAUUACAUGUUACAGGAGCAGGUCAGCGAAUAUCUGGGAGUCACAUCCUUCAAGAGGAAAUACCCUGGUAAGACUAAAGUAACAAAACCGGAAUAGUUAUAUCGCUGUUAAAGGAUUUAGGGGUGACCUCUUUUCUGAUUUAGCUGAUGUAUAGAAUGAGGUCUUUCUUUAAUCUGAAACAUUGUUGUUUGCAGAUAUGGAGAGAAGAGACUUGUCUCACAAAGAGAAGCUUUACCUGAGAGAACAGAAUGUCAUAACUGAGACACAGUGCACUCUGGGUAAGAACGUAACCUUUCAGAUCAUUUAAAGUUACUGCACUACAUUAAAAUCUUUUAAAUUCUUUCAGGAUAGAGUCUCUUAUUGUUUUGAGAAGAUAAUCCUUGUGUGUUUUUUGUAUAUUCAGGCUUGACAGCUCUUCGGAGUGAUGAGGUGAUAGAUCUGAUGAUAAAGGAGUAUCCCGUCAAACACUCAGAGUAUUCAGUCAUACUGCAGGAGAGAGAACGGCAGAGAAUAGCAAAAGAGUAUUCUGUAAGUACAGCAAUAAAAGAAACAUCCAGGGGCUUGUGAUUAUUAGUCUUUUUAUCUGACAGUAAUGCAGGGAGUCAUCCCACUCACAGUGUUUUUGUCUUUUGUAGCAAAUGCAGCAGCAGAACCCUCAGAAGGUGGAGGCCAGUAAGGUUCCUGAGUACAUUAAGAAAGCAGCGAAAAAAGCUGCAGAGUUCAACAGUAACUUCAACAGAGAGCGUAUGGAAGAGAGGAGAGCGUACUUUGACCUCCAGACACAUGUGAGUCCAACCUGGAAUUGAAGAUGAUGAAAAUAAUUUUGAUUUGAAUCCAAAUGAACAGAAAAAAGAUGACAGAAAACAUUGAUCAUCUCGAAUAUUUUUUCCUCUUCUUUACACGUGUGUCACUAUUCAAGCUGUCCUUCUGGCUUUUUUAGUGUUUAUUUAAUCAUGUAAUUAAAAUUCUCCAUCUUUUUAGAAAAAAAACAAACAAACUUGUUUUGUUGGCUUCCGAAUUUUUUACAUUUGCCGUGUUUUGUCUUAGAUUAUCCAGGUACCCCAGGGCAGGUUCAAAGUGCUGGCUCCAGAGCUGACAAGGACGGGGCCUUACCCUGUGGCUCUCAUACCAGGACAGUUCCAAGAUUAUUACAAAAGGUACAUGCCAGAACCUUUUCCUUAUGUACACUCAUUUCUAUUCAAAUUAUUAAGCGGCUUUUGAAUGAAAUUAAGAUGAUGUUUUUUGGACAGUCGACUCCAUGUAAUGCUGAGCUACAGUUUUAUUUCUGAUGCAUGGUUGUGCUGUGCAUGACAGGUACUCUCCCAAUGAGCUACGAUACUUGCCACUGAACACAGCACUGUUUGAGCCUCCACUGGAUCCAGAGCUGCCCGCCCUGGACUCAGAGCCUGAUUCAGAUGAUGCUGAGGAUGGCAAGGAUGAGAAAAAGAACAAGAAUUCAUCUGUAAGGAGUCUGAAUCUGUGCUAGAUCCCUUGUUCACACUUACCGUAGAAAUACGUGGUUAUAAAUUUUAGUUUGCCCUGUUUUUUUCCAAUCCUCUGUGCUCUCCAGGACAGUUCUUCAGGAAACGCAUCAGACUUGGAGAGUCAGGAGGGCGGAAGCGGACCAGGCAGCAAGUCCAAGGCCAAAGAUAGGACAUCCACUCCAGGAAAAGAUGGCAGCCACCGACAUUCAGCAAGCCACAAAGCCUCCGCAGGGUACAAGGUAGAGGACAAAACCACCUGAACUCUUCUCCAACAACAGCAGCAGCACUUUUUCUACCCCCUCCUCCUCUUUCUACUACUACCACUCCCUUAAUCCAUCCAUCCUGCCACCCCUCCCUAGCUUUCUUCACUUUGUUCUCCAGCUUCUACAGUUUGUCAGCUUUUUGGCUGGGACAAUGUGGUCCACACAAACACAAACACACUCACACAGAGGGGGCUGUCUUCAGUUUUUUUAAAACCUUUUUUUUUUAUUACCAUGAGACUUUCCCCCAUCUUUUUAUCAGACUGUGAGCAAUAAGAACAUUUUAAAGGAACAGCUUGCUUGUUUCUUCUUCACUGCACUUUCACUUUUUGUGUUUUCAGAAAAGACGAGUUUGAUCUUUUAAAAGUUUUUUUCUUCUUUUUGAAUGUCUCCAAAAUACCUCUUGUCUGUCCUCACUUGUCAAAAAAAGAUACAUCUGAGACAAGUAAGUGGAUGUUUGGCUGCUAGUUUUCCUUUUUUUCAAUUAAAAAUAACAAAGUCUUUUUUGUUACACUGAUAUAGAAAAUAUAAACCACGAACCGUUUGUGGUUGCUUUUAAAGAUAGUUAUUGUUAAACACUAGAGAACCUUUUAUAUCUGAAGUGUUGAAGACACUUAACCCUAAUGUUUGAAGUAUGUUCUGGUUUGAUGAUAUCCUUUGUUCAUACACCAUGUGAUGUACUGUUAAUCUGUUAAUCAGCGUCAAACAGCUCUUUGACUGGGAACAUACUUGUCCCUAUAUUGUCAAGUGUAAGAGGUGAGGACUUGUUGACCGUGCUCCCACUGUUGCUGAGCUGAGCGACCAGUUGUCUCAGUAGCUGUCUGGGUUCAGAGCCUCACAUGAGUGUACGUCUCUCAAACACCCAGCCCAUGGCUCGUCUCUGGUUGUCACUUUAAGUAGACAUCUGCAGUUUAGGGGGGGCAGAUAAGUGAACCAUUCUCUCCUCUGCUUUCUCUUGUAUUUCACCUACACUUAACAUUGAUAUGAAAAACCCAUUUCCAUCACAUAGACUAUACUGGUGUAUUUCCAUUAAUAAGAGUAUGACGAGCUUUGCUUGGUCCAACUAAGUUCAGCUCAGCUUUGAGGUGUGGGCAUGGUCCUCAUCUAUAGUCUGUUUAGAAUAGUUCCCAGUUUUCGAGGGACUAAGUUUGAUUUUACUUUAGUUCAAACCUUUUUUGUGCAUUUAUCAGACCGUUCAGCGGGCUUUACAAGUCAGUACUAUAAAACCCCGUCUGUUUUAGCGCUUAUGAUGACGAAAGCACCAAGAGAAGGAACAGCUUUGGGUCAAGUCUUGAGCUAUCAUCUAUAGUUUUCUAACUGAAGACUUGGCUCUUAGUGUCACUCCUUGUGUCACGAAAUGUGUCACUCCUCCUUUUUAAUUUGCUGACAUAUUGGCAGAAAGAAAAGAAAAGAAAAAAGAAAAGUUAAAUGAUUUCUACGGACUCCCAUGUUUCUUCUAGACAGCACAUGUUACAGCUGAUUAACGUUACUCCGCUCUGGUCUGCUACCAUGAACUGUUUAUAUAUAGUGGUUUAUGAUGACCUCCUGAUGAGUGAUGUGCUAUUUUACAAACAGCUCAUAAAUAAAAACCAAUUAUGAACAACAAAGGUUGAAUUAGACUGACUAAAUGUGUCUGCAGAAGUAUUUUCUUUAUUUUGUGAUACGUGUUGCAUGUUCCAUACAUGUUAAACCAUCAAUGUGAUGUUUAUUUCAGUGUAAUGGUUGCAGAAAUUUAUCACUGUGUCCCAAAAAAGACAUUAUGAAUCAUCAAUGUUGGAGCAAUUGUUUGACCUUUUAAUUCUGGUGAAAAAAGUUUUGGAUGUUACUGCAUUUUGGCAGAACAAGAGAUGUUUCUGAUACUGGUGUUAGUACCAGAGCAACUCCAGUUAUGAGGCAUGGCUAGUAGGUCAGCAUUUACAGAAGAGAGCUAAAGAAAAAGACAAGAUGUUUCACCUCAAUGAGCCUCUGCUCUUAAAUCAGUGCAGUCAGUCUGUCUCUGUGUGUCUGCCUCUAAGGGAUACAAGGUGCUGAGAGCUUAACAACAUUUCUAUUGAAUGUAAACGUGCUUCAAAGUGAAGAGUUUGAGAGAUUUAAUUCUCCCAGUUCCCAUAUUACAGUUUUCAUAUCAAGCUAAUUUUGUCAUGUAAACAUGAACAAACCAGCCGAGUAUAACUUUGUUUGGAUAGUCCUAUUGAGUAAAUGUAUUGACUCAUCAAGCAGUAGUAGAAAUAUGGCAUUCAGCUCCUCUUUUUUCCUGUUUCCUUCUUCUGCUGCUGUCUAUCUGUUAGAUUAGCCCUCUGUUUUGUGUCUGGUCUGUGAUUUUCAUCAUUAUCAAACCAUGUGCUUAUUGACUCAUAGUUUUGUACCCAUUGCUGUUAAACUGACUCUGACCUGCUGUCGUCUUGUGAGGGGACAUUUUGAUGAAGGAUGACACUAACUUAAUAUGUAAAGCUGGACUUGUAGACUGAAAAACAAACCCAAGUUCUCCAACCAAAUUCAAAUAAAUCUCCUACCUGAGUACAGGUUUGUGUUUUUAGGGUUAUUAAGUGGACUGCUGAAACAAACUCUACUUACAUUCAUAUUUCAUGUUCUCAAGAUCAUUGCUGAACAUUUAUAAAGUUUUGUUGAAGUUUAAGUUUAGAGUCUUGUAUGGCAUCCUUUUAGUAAGUUGGGCUUGUAAAGAAGCGUUUAAGGUUUAAAAGUGUAACAUCCUGAUUUGAAUGUCCCUAACUCCUCUUAUCCCUUUCCUCUGGUCCUGUCCUCUGUCUCAGUUGAACUAAGAGAUGCUGUGCAUAGUGAUAGCAACUCUCCAGAAGUCUUAUCACUGUCAAAUUCAAUAGUCUUAAAAGAUAAACAAAGAACGAAAUAGAAAGUAGGUGCCACAUAUUCGAGAGAGGGUCAGAGAUCUAAAUUAGUUUCUGUGUUUUCUCCAAUCGUGAAACGUUUGUUGAACUACUUUUGUGUCCAUGACUUUAGGAAUAUUGUGGUUUUAUAGCAUUAUUCUGCCCUUGCAGCCUAAGGUCAUUCCCAAUGCUAUAUGUGGCAUUUGCCAGAAGGGUAAAGAGGCCAACAAGAAGGGCAAGCCGGAGGCUCUCAUUCACUGCUCCCAAUGUGAUAACAGCGGUAAGUUCACACUGUUGAUUUCUAUGGACACUUUCUUGUUUUUGCAAUUAGAGCGUAACUCAGCAACUCCUAGUGCCAACUUAAUUACAUCCAUCUAUCCUCUGAAUAUAGCUGUUAUUUAUUUGAGCAGUGCCUAUAACUGAAUAUCACAUUUGAUUUUAAUGAUACAUAAAACCGAGUAAUAAUCAAAAUGUUUAAUUUUUAUGCAAAUGCAUCCAUACUAUAAUCAAUGAAAGGACAUGCUUGGUUUAAUAUAUGAAUUAAUUAUAUUGUUUGAUUGCUUUGAGAUUUAACAUUUGAUAAGGAAAGUAUCAUCUGAAGUGGUGUAUAAAAUUCACUUAAAGACUGAAGAAAGGCGGUGCAGAGAUUUAUGUGAAUGUGGCCUCCAGUAUGUCUGCAAAUAUAACAUGAACAACAUUGGAAAAUCAUGACACAUAAAACUAUCCUUUUCCACAUAGCCUUUGCAAAUGUCUGUUUCUCUGUGUGUCGUUUGCCAAUGUGCAUUUGUCGCUAUGUCCACAAACUUCAGGGCACCCGUCCUGCCUGGAUAUGAGCGAGGAGCUUGUGCGUGUCAUUCAGACGUAUCGCUGGCAGUGUAUGGAGUGUAAAACCUGCACCGUGUGCCAACAGCCCCACCAUGAGGACGAAAUGAUGUUCUGUGACAAAUGUGACCGAGGGUAUCACACAUUCUGUGUGGGCAUGGACUCCAUACCCAACGGUAAGCUGUUGUAGAUACUUGAGAGUAUUUAUAGCAUAGUCUGCAGCAAGAAAACACCAUGUCUACUUUUAAUUCAUUUCCUUUGUCUCCUCAGGUCUUUGGGUGUGUGAAGUUUGUGACAAAAAUUUUAACACACCCAAGAAAAAGGGAGAAGCCAAAACACCUAAAAAAGCUAAAUCUGCUAAAAAAUAGCUUUUGUUUCCGACCACAGUACCCUGACCAAACUCUACACUCAUGCACUGUCUCUUGUCCAGCUAUUUUCAAGUUAUUUAAUUGUUAGGUAUGCUAUCGUUGUGAAAUAAACAAAAAUAAAUGUGUGGCCCAUCUUCCAAAUGGAAAAAUCCAAAAGUAAGAUCUUAACCUGCUGUUACUCUGUGUCAGGUGAAAAUGAACGUAUUUUACUUAUUUUCUCGAAUCGCAAUCAGUGUAGAAAUGCAGAAUUUGUAUUUAAAAUCUUUGAGACCAAAUUUAAUUAAUAAAAACAUUAACUGUGUUGCAUUAACUGUGCAACCUCAACCACCAUUUAGUAGAUUAUUUUAACAGUCGGGUAGGAAAUUCAUCCAAGUGUAAUGCAGUAAUUCCUGUUAUUUUUACCACUAACAAAACAAGUGCAUUCCUUUUUCAUUAGACUGAAGAGUCAUGGUGUAUUCUAACAUGUCUACAGUGAUGAGCUGUUUCAUUUGAACAUGGUGCUUUUGAUCCAAAACUACUGAAAAAUGUUGACAAGCGGUUACUGGUUUAAAUCGACUCUUUUCAAAAUACUUUCUAUGUAGGUUAAUUUUCUUGUAUCUCAUAAACUUAAGUUUUUAUAUUUUUGAUUAAUGCGUAAUAAUCCAGGCCAGUGAGGAGUACUGUUAUCCAAAGUCUUAAAUGACGACACGGUGCUAUUGAUGUUGUGUAAUAGACACUGACUGGUAGACACCAGUCAUCAGGUAUUUAUGUGUGAGUUUUCAGUACUGGAACCAAUAUUUGUGUUAACGUUGUUGUCACCCCUUGACUAUCAAUAAUCAGAUGUGUAGCCACUGUGUCCGCUGGUGUUUUUGCAGUUGAUUGGAAAUAAGAGUCUCAUGAAUUUUGUGACUUUAGUUUGUUUUGAAUUUUGUUUUGGUAUGCAGGUUUUUUGAGAAAUGUUUGAAUCUAAAAAUGUCAGCCACUGAAUGAAAUUGUGCUUUCUUUUUUAAUAAAAGCUACUUAAAAAAAAAAAAAA